UACACCAUCGCAUUGUAGUGCGUACACACCGUUUCGUUCCUUCACAAAGCCAAAUAGAGCUAUUAUACAUGUACGUGUAUAACACAGCGACGGGAUUACGAACUCUGUUUAAAUGCCACUGAUGUGAUCGCUCGGGAUUUAUGAAUUUUUACACCAACUACAAGGAACUUUGGCAAGCAACGCAGUAGAACCAUAUGUCAUUGGCCACUCACACGCAGGACUAAGCUUGAUAUUUGUUACAUGGAGUAGGCCUAUAUACACAAUGGAACUCGACACAGGAAAUGAUUUCGUUUGGAAACUAAACAACUGGAAUAUAAUCAGAGAAGUAUUGAUUGACAAGCAAUAAACCCGCAUCUGAACACCCGGCCGGCUCUCCUUCCUGUCAUUUAGUCCUCCGGUUGGUUAAAAGUGUACAACCUUUAACAAUGACGAUGCGUUCCAAGUUGUUCUUGCCCAACCUCGUGGGCCUUCUGGUCUUGGCUUGCCUCGCCGCGCCUACAUGCCGUGGGGAGUCCCUGGCCAAUGUUCUGAAACGCGUAGAUGAUGAGGACUUCGCCGCCCGAGUGAAUGGCAACCGAGUGGCCGGAGCGGGAACUACACUCAAUAUCAGGGAGAUCGUGAUUGGCCGGUGUUGGGACUACCAACGAGUGACUGGGAUGAACCAAGGCAGGCCAUUGAUUGAGGUUAUUUGUGGUACCACCGCCUGGCCAGCCUUCGUGAACGCAUUCGCCUUCCAGAACCCCUGUAAUGUACGAGAAGAUGCGUUCAGAUCCUUCACCAACAUCAUGACGGUCAGCCUGCCAAGGAAUGGCACCAUCUUCUGGUCUGGUACCAAGAACCUCGCCAAGAUGUACUCGGAGCUGUCUGGCGGCACCAUGUUCUCGCUGGAAACGACGUUUGUAGGGUACACUGUGAACGAUCUGACGUGGUGCGGUACGCCGCUCGGCGCAGGGAUCAACUACGCCAGUUGCCCGUCAUUUGACGACCCGAGCUGCCCGAGUCAGGCCUCCACGGUCUUCUGGGGAUCAGCUUCCAAAUUAUUUGCCAGACAAGCACGAGGAUCUGUAAGCGUGCUGUUGAAUGGCAGCGAUUCAAGGGGAGCCUUUCGGAACAACAGCGUUUUUUCUACUGUUGAACUUCCUAACUUGGAUUCGUCAUUGGUGGAUUUCGUUAACAUUAUCGUUGUACACGACCUGGACGGACAAAUUGUUGACACUUGCGACAGUGGGACUAUUUUGAUUCUUAAGGACCGCAUUAUCAAGCGAGGAAUGAAGUGGACAUGCGAGGACGACCCAAAAUUAGCAAAACUAAUCCAGUGCACGGAGAAACCAGACUAUCACAGGUGCAAUCUGGCGUCUAGAGUGCACAGCCGGAGCUGGAACUUCGUCGUCUUAACCGUGCUCGCCUCAUUUUGGAUUACUGGGACGGGCUGAUUAGAUAAGACCUGUCCAUAGAGCUAUCUAAUAUAGCUCUAUGGACCUGUCAUGGUCUCUUUAUUUUUUAAAUGUCUUCUCGAUAACUGUCCAAGGGUGAAUGUCAAUAUUAAAUGUAGUUAAGAUACUAUUGCUUUGAUCUUGACAACGGUAACGAAAGUGCAUGAUGCUAAAUGACUUUAGUAUGGACAGUUGCUAUUAGUGCGCAGGCGUAAGUUACGCCACAAAUCAACUACUAGUCGACUUUUAAAUCUGGAACCUCUUUGUUAUUGAGUCUGUAUAGCCAAUGAGGUAUUAUUAUGUAAUCCUUGCUCGGUUUUUGUAACAAUUUUAUUGAACUAAAGGUUCCCGAAAUACAUGUUUUGAUUGUUUAAGUGUGAAAUCAAAUGUUUCUGUACAACAUGAUUAAUGUUAGAGACGGCGUUGUUCAAUGUCUCCGAAAUAAUUAUUAAUGACUUCUGUGACAUCAGUUGACUUAUUUUUUUUCUUUGUAUGUCUUUCUUUCUGAUACUGAUGUGUCUAUUUUCUACUUAUCUCUCUUUUUUAUCUUGUGCUAUAAAUUUGUGCGAAUAAAGGUGUUAUUAAAGGCUUUCUCGGCCAUUUUCAACAA